AUGUCUCUCGCCGUCGACGACAACCGCCGACGGGAUCGGUCGAGGUCAAGGUCUCGUGACCGACGUCCCAGGGAUGAACCUGAGCGCUCAAGCGUAACCAAAUUUGCCGAUGUGCGGGAGCCAAGCUAUGUCUAUCCCGAGGAUGAUUUAGAUGACCGCUACAGAUCGCGGGGUCAUCGCGACUCUGCCCAGCCCGGAGGAUUGCCCUACCCGCCCGAGGGUGGUAUGGACACCAUGCUCCCGGGAAAUCAUGCAUUGUACAGCUACGAUGAUACUAGGCCAAUUUACAAGACGGCCUCCCCGCCGAGGGAAUCGUCUUACCGUAGCUCUCGCGAUAAGAUGGAGCGCGAAAGCACCAGCCAGCUACCCGGGUCGUUUCCGGACGAUGACCGGCCCAGGAGGGACGACGACAAGGACCGCCGGGUGCGCUAUGCUGAUCCCAGGGAUUCAAAGUACGAGAGGAGAAACAGGUCCGACGACGAUUAUGACGAUGACCCGCGAAGUCGUCGUUCUCAAAAGUAUGGGCGAGAAGAGGAAGACCCAAGGAUCCGAAAUGCGUCCCCUCCGCGAGAUAAAUACUCUCGGGACUCGCGGGACGACAUUUCAGACGAUAAGCUCAAAUUUCUCCCGCAAAAGUAUAGUCGCCGCUAUGAUGAUGAUAACACCAAUGGCAGGCGCGAGGACAAGUAUUCCUCGCGAGACAAGGACAGGAAGAGUGAUCGUGAGAGGAAGUCCAAGAAGGAACGGGAUGAGGAUGAUUUGGCUUACGGCAAGCCUCCGGGACCAUCCCGCAUUCAGCGGCCGGAAUCGCCACCUACCUAUGGUAGCUACAUUUCUGGUUCUCAAGUGAGUGUGAGCGAUAAGCGAUCGUCACGAUAUGGCCGUGAGGAAGAUGACGACCGGCGCCGACGACCAGCCAGUCCACCAGAUGAUCCCUAUGAGUCAAGAAAACCUCGCCGCGAGACGUCUCACCGGGACGAGCCUCGUAGCUCUGGAGCCAACGUCUUGACAGUUGAGCCUGGUAGCCGUGAUAGAGACCGAUCACGCGACCGCCGACGAGACAAGUCUCCCGGUCCAUCGAGCCUCGCACCAGAGCCUGACCGCAAGGAGAGAGACCGGUCGAGAGAUCGUCGAGGCGGCACCCGCGACAGGUCCCCUCAACCGCCAACAGCUCGCAUGUCCAGCCUGACUGUCGACACUGGCCGCCCAGCCGCCCUAACCCUCGCCGCUGCUCCAGGCUCCCCUCUUCUGGAAUCAUACAAGGGAACAUACCAAGACUGCUCGCCGAUGCCCUCGCCGCUGCUCAUCGCCUCCAAAGACCCCGGCAGCGACCCUAAGGUCAUCGAAGCCCUUUCCCCCCUCAACUCGGACCUCGACAGCCCAGAUGGCAAAAGGCGCUCCCGCCGCGCCCGCUUCCACGACCCAGAAGACAUUGCCACGACGCUCGCCAAGGCUCUCAAGGGAGACAGACCACCUGACACCCGCCCACUCGUCGAGAUUCUCCCCAGUCUCACGCACGAACAAGUCAUGGAACUACGCACCGAGUACAAGCGCAUCGUGAAAACCGGCUCCGACCGCAAAGGCGUCAACAUUGCCAAACACAUCCGUGCGCGUCUCAAGGACGAAGAACCCAAUCUCAUGAAGGCCUGCUACUCCGUCGCGCUUGGAAAAUGGGAAUCCGAAGCAUACUGGGCCAACUUUUGGUAUCAAGGCGACAAGACGCGCCGUGAGCUGCUCAUCGAAUCCCUCAUGGGUCGAAGCAACGACGAGAUUCGGCAUAUUAAAGAUUCCUUCACAGACAAGAAAUACGACAACAGCCUCACCAAGUGCAUGAAAAUGGAACUCAAAGAGGACAAGUUCAAAAAAGCGGUCCUCAUGGUCCUCGACGAGCGUCGAAUGGACGACUUUGACGCGUACGGGCGCAAAAUCCCCGUCGACUAUCACCUCGUAGACCAGGACGUAGACGAUCUCCGCAAAGCAGUCAAGGCCGAAAAGGGCGGAGAGAGCGCCAUGAUUGCCAUUGUCGUCAAGAGAAGCGACUCGCACCUCAGGCUGGUCCUGCAGGAAUACGAGCGCCAUUACCGUACGAAUUUCGCAAGAGAAGCCCUCAAAAAGAGCGGCAAUCUCGUCGGUGAAUUGCUCGCCCAUAUCUUAAACGGCGUGAUUAACAAGCCCGUUCGGGAUGCCCUCUUGCUGAACCAUGCGCUUACGGCGUCGCGCAAGGACGGACUGAGGAGGGAGCUGCUUAUUUCGAGAUUGGUCCGUUUCCACUGGGACCCGGUGCACAUGCAGGCUGUGAAGAGGUCGUAUCGGGAGCGGUAUGGCGUGGAGUUGCAGGAGGCUGUGAGGGAGGGGACGAGCGGACAAUGGGGCGAGUUUUGUAGGGAGUUGUGUAUUGCGAGGAUGCCGGAUGAUGUGAGGAGGGUGGAGAGGGUGGAAAUUAUUCGGUAG